CGCUCUCUGUCUCUUGUCAACAUAAAAAAAAACACACACACACACACACAUUCUCUCUCUCAGUCUCUCUUUCGUUGAAUGAUGUCCCAAGAACGAGGAGCGAUCCUCCGACGUAGGACGAAGGAUGAUCUCCCAGACGAAACCGUGUUGGACAUCCUAGCAAGGCUACCUGUGAAAUCACUCCUAAGAUUCAGGUGCGUCUGCAAACCUUGGUACUCUUCCAUAGCCAACCCCAAUUUCAUCUCUACCCACCUCCCUAAUCACAAUCAUCAAGGUGGUUAUGUCAUACACAUUCCUAGGAAUAUUCCCGAACCUUCAUCUUCUAUUCCUGGUUCUUCACGUUCUAGCGGUCAAGUCUGUACUCUCGCUUGCGACCGCACCUAUGAAACCAUAUUCGACUUUAGAUUUCCCUUCACCCAUCAAUCUGGGUUUCCCCACUUUGUGGGUUCAUGUAAUGGAAUAUUGUGUUUCAGUUAUAAUACUGCAGCAUGGUCUAAUGUUUUUUACUUGUGGAACCCCAGUAUUAGAAAAUUUAAGAGGUUGCCCGAUACCCAGUUACCUAUUAUGACAUUCGGAAUUGGGUGUGAUUCCCAGAAUAAUGACUUCAAGGUUGUUGGGAUUCCACAGGCAUUUGCCAAGACUAAGCCUCCCCCUGAGGUUGGGGUGUACUCAUUAAGUUCGGAUUCAUGGAAAAGAGUUGAACUUGGAAUCGAGUUGAGACCCACUGUUUGUUACUACAAUGUGAAUAAUUCUACGGCAUUACCAUUUGUUUGUGGACAUUUGCAUUGGAUGUUAAAAAUUGUAGAAGAUGUAGGUGGACACGCGAGGCUUUCUGCUGAUAUGCUUUUGUCGUUUGAUGUCAAUAGUGAGAAACUCAAACAGCUACCACUGCCUGAUGUUGAAGGAAGUUGUUUUAUGAAAUUCGUUACAUCAUUGAAGGGGAAGCUGGCUUUGAUUGAAUAUAGAAGUGGUGCCCAGCCGCAUAGCACGCUAUGCUCCAUUUGGGUGAUGAGGGAGUAUGGUGUGAUUGAUUCCUGGGAUAAAUUUUGUGUUCUAUCAAUUGAAAAUCUUCUUGAUUUCAUUGGUUUCACCAAGUAUGGCUUACUUCUAGUUCAAAAGGGGUCUUGGCUGGUCUCUACCAACAGUAAAUUAAAAAGGAAACAUAAGUAUCUUUUAAUUGACCUCAAAACUCUUCAUGAGAAGGAGAUUAGCACUCAAGUGAAUUAUCAUUUAGAGGUAGCUACUUACAUGGAGAGCCUUGCUUUACUAGAUGGAAGAAAUGUGGUAUCUUACUAAGAAGAUGGUACUAUGAGAAUAAGAAGUGAUGUCAUUACAGGUAUUCGUGAAAUCGUACGGAAAUUGCCUCCCAUCUCCAAUGGGUUAAAGUUAUCAGAUGGUAGGGAACACCCGCUUACCUUGCAAGUGCAAUAUCUUAAGAUCAGGACUUAGUUGACUUUAGAUGGUAGCCUAGUUGAAUAUCAGACUCAAAAUGAGGAAAGUUCUUUUCUUUUUCUUUUUCUUUUUAAAUGAAAUUUGAAGAGAAGCUCUUUGUUAAUUUUUGAGUGUGAAACAAGCAUCUGUGCUUUCUUUGCUCUUAACAUAUAUGAGAUAACCCACGAAGUUAGUCUUGUGUCAGCAUUUUGAUGUAUUGGAAUUGAUGAUUCCCUCAGCAAUGUUGAAUCCAAUAGUUUGUUGUUACUUGGCUUAUA